CGGCCACCAUGUCCGAGCGAGGCGGCUUCUAUAAGCAGGACCUGAACAAGACGGUGUGGGAGGUGCCCCAGCGCUACCAGCGCCUGACCCCGGUGGGCUCGGGCGCCUACGGCUCGGUGUGUUCAGCAUAUGAUACCAAAACAAGACAGAAGGUGGCAGUCAAAAAGCUUUCCAGACCUUUCCAAUCCCUUAUUCAUGCCAGAAGGACUUACCGGGAGCUUAGAUUACUCAAGCAUAUGAAACAUGAGAAUGUUAUAGGAUUACUAGAUGUUUUUACACCUGCAGCAUCAAUAGAAAAUUUUAAUGAAGUGUAUCUUGUCACAAAUUUAAUGGGUGCUGACCUGAAUAAUAUUGUGAAGUGCCAGAAAUUGACAGAUGACCAUAUACAGUUUCUUAUAUACCAAUUACUUCGAGGGCUUAAGUAUAUCCAUUCUGCUGGGAUCAUUCACCGGGACUUGAAGCCUAGUAACCUAGCUGUAAAUGAAGACUGUGAAUUAAGGAUUUUAGACUUUGGUUUAGCCCGGCAAACUGAUGACGAAAUGACAGGCUAUGUGGCAACACGAUGGUACAGAGCCCCAGAAAUCAUGUUGAAUUGGAUGCAUUACAAUCAAACAGUCGACAUUUGGUCAGUUGGAUGCAUCAUGGCAGAGUUGCUGAAAGGCAAGGCCCUUUUCCCGGGAAAUGACUAUAUCGACCAGCUAAAACGAAUUAUGGAAGUUGUUGGGACACCCAGCUCGGAACUUCUCAAGAAGAUCUCAUCAGAACAUGCUAGAAAGUACAUAGAAUCUCUGCCAUAUAUGCCUCCACAGGAUCUGAAAGCAGUAUUUCGUGGUGCUAAUCCAUUAGCUGUGGAUCUCCUUGAAAAAAUGCUUAUACUGGACAGUGAUAAAAGAAUAACAGCCUCGGAAGCACUUGCACAUCCAUACUUCGUACAAUAUCAUGAUCCUGACGAUGAACCAGAAGCAGAGCUGUAUGAUGAGUCCAUAGAGAAUAAGGAACGGGUUAUAGAUGAAUGGAAAGAACUUACAUAUGAAGAAGUGAUCAGCUUCAAACCUCCUGAUUUAAAGAUGGAUAGCCUUGAAAUUGAACAGUGAAUCCAUACAGCUGAUUCUUGGGCCCUGCUGUACAUCGAAGACUACUAAGCACAUAACAUUUCAGUUUAAUUUCGUAUACUCCAAGCAUUGACUUUACUAUCCAAAGAUCCUGGAGGAACUAUAGAAAUGGUAAUAAAUAAUGCUGAAGAAAUUAUCUGGGAGUGCAUUUUGCCUUGUACUGCGAAUGUAACAUUAAGACAUUCUGACAUAUGAUGCACUGAGGUUGUUUUUUAACUGUAUCUUCUCUGCAUGUCUCAUUUUAUCAGUUGUGAUGCCAAAAAUGAAGGUGGUUUUUUAA